UAAAGGGAAAAGAGAUAAUAGCUUAAAGUCGAAUAAAUCUGUACAUUACAAUAAUGAGCAUGAAAUAUGAAUAUGCAUGUUUCAGCUUUCAUCUUCAUCUUGUCUUCCUCCUACUUGUCAUGGUUCAAGGCUUAGAACAAGUCGUGGAUAAUGAUCCAUCACCUCGCAUGGACCACAUGGAUCAAUCAUCCAUGGUGUUUUUCACCUUGAAACAUCUUAAAGUCGGGAACUCGAUUCCGAUAUAUUUUCGUAAGAAAGAUUCUUCCGGUUCUCCUCGCCUUUUGCCGAGAGACGAAGCUGAAUCCAUAGCUUUCUCAUCAGAAGAGCUCCCUAAUCUGCUUCGGUUCUUCGCUUUCUCGGAGGACUCUCCCCAGGCCAAAGCGAUGGAAAAUACGCUCCAAGAAUGCGAGACAGAGUCCAUCAAAGGGGAGGUCAAAUACUGUGCUACGUCUUUAGAAUCGAUGCUCGAUUUCGCGAGCAGCGUCUUCGGACCCGAUGUCGGUUUCAAGAUCGUCGCGACGGAACAUCGUACUGAGUCGGACACACUUUUCCAAAACUAUACCGUGUUGGAAACGCCGGAAGAGAUACCGGCUCCGGCGAUUGUGUCGUGUCACACCAAGCCCUACCCUUAUUCCGUGUUGUAUUGCCAUAGCCAGGUGACGGAGAACAGGGUUUUUAAGGUGUCGUUGGGUGGUGAGAACGGAGAUCGGGUGACGGCGGUUGCCGUUUGUCACAUGGAUACUUCGCAGUGGAAUCGGAACCAUGUGUCUUUUCGCGUGCUGGGGAUCGAACCUGGGACACUUCCUGUCUGCCAUUUCUUCCCGGCGGACAACUUUGUUCUUGUUCCGGACACUUGAACCUGUACUACUUGUCUUUGUUGCGAGACUUGAUGUUGUCUUGAAUAAUAAACCUUUAUAAAAAAAA